AGUAUGCCAUUGCGCUUUUGCGCUUCCACGAGCAGAAACUACAGAGAUGAUUGUACUUUUGAUAUCUUACAUUUAAUGGAAUAUAUGUUCUUAUCGGUUUCCUGUGUGAUGUCUCUGGCUUUAAGGAUGGCUUACACUUAGUGCAUACUCACUGUUCAACUUCAAACAUCUACUUUAUGUAGAGUAAAACCUUAAACACAAAGUUUCCCCCCCUGUUCUGUCAAAGAGGAAAAUAUGAUAAAUUAUUAAGCUAAAUUUGAGAGAACGAUAUAGUCAACCAAAAGCCAAAUCCACAGUUUUGUGAACAGAGAGGAUCAUGACAUUGUGAGCCCAAUUGCAACUUCUUCGGAAGCUGGACAAGAGCCAUGGGCAAGGAGCAGGACCUUCUUCUAGCUGUGAAGAAUGGAGACCUUCCCUCAGCUCAUAAACUUCUGGCCAAGAUCAAGACCAACCGAAGUAAGAUACUGGGCUCGACAAAGAGGCUGAAUGUGAACUACCAAGACCAAGAUGGGUUUUCAGCACUUCACCAUGCAGCUCUCACUGGCACCACUGACCUGCUUUCUCUGCUGUUGGAGGCAGAGGCUACUGUGGACAUUAAAGACAGUAAUGGUAUGCGUCCGUUGCACUAUGCUGCCUGGCAGGGGAAGGCUGACUCUGUACUUAUGCUGCUGAGAGCUGGAGCUUCUGUGAAUGGGGCUUCACAGGAUGGACAGAUCCCUCUCCACCUGGCUGCACAGUAUGGACAUUAUGAAGUGUCUGAAAUGCUACUGCAACACCAGUCCAACCCCUGCACUGUCAACAAAGUAAAGAAGACCCCUCUGGACUUGGCCUGUGAGUUUGGCAGACUCAAGGUGACCCAGCUGUUGUUGAGCAGUAACAUGGUGGUAGCUCUGUUAGAGGGGAAUGGAAGAGAUAAUACCCCCCUACACCUUGCUGCUCGCAAUGGCCAUAAGGACAUCAUCAGACUGCUGAUGAAAGCUGGGAUUGACGUCAACAGAACUACUAAAGCUGGAACGGCUCUGCACGAGGCUGCCCUCUACGGGAAAACAGAAGUAGUUAAACUACUGCUUGAUGCUGGAAUUGAUGUGAACAUCCGCAACACCUACAACCAAACAGCCCUGGACAUUGUGAACCAGUUCACCACUUCACACGCCAGCAGAGAAAUCAAACAACUCCUUAGAGAUGCCAGUGGAGCACUGCAGGUGAGAGCAUUGAAGGACUACUGGAAUCUCCACGACCCCACUGCACUCAACAUCCAGGCAGGAGAUGUAAUCAUGGUCUUAGAGCAGCACAUGGAUGGACGUUGGAAAGGGCACAUCCACGACAAUCAGAGAGGCACUGAUCGUGUGGGAUACUUCCCUCCCUCCAUUGUAGAGAUCAUUAGUCACAGAUCAGGGGGUGUUCUCUCCCGGCAGGCAUCACUGCCUAUCCAGAGACAUUACAUUCUUUCCAGGGUCCUGCCCCCACACAGUUCUCAUCCCAACUCUCACACUGAUGACUCCUACAUUCUUUACUCAUCCACCCGUCCUGUCCUGACUCACCAGAUCGGGCUGGAUCAGCACCCAGCAGGAGACAGGAACAGUGUUGGUAGUGCAGGCAGCAUGGGCAGUAGUCGCAGUGCUGGCAGUGGACAGAGCACUGAGGGGAACUUACAACACAAUGGAUCCCAUCAGUCACCUGGUUCUGUUCAGGACACCACAAAGCAGCCUCCCUCUGCUGGAGAAUUGGUAGAACAGUGCUGUCAGAUGCCUGACUCAACCAAACAGAUAGACCCUCAUUCAGGUGCUCUUGGACGUAGGGUGCAUCAGAACUGCUCCAGAACUGGAGAGCAACAUCUCAUCCAUCCACAGCAACUUGUAGAUGGCAGGGAUGCUGAGGCUAUUUAUAAGUGGCUCAGUGAAUUUCAGCUUGAACAGUACACAUCUAAUUUCCUCACGGCUGGCUAUGAUGUGCCCACUAUCAGCAGAAUGACACCUGAGGAUCUCACUGCAAUUGGUGUGACAAAGCCCGGCCAUCGCAAGAAGAUCUCAAUGGAGAUCAGCAGCUUGAAUAUCCCUGAGUGGUUGCCAGAUUACAUUCCAUCUGAUAUUGGCAAAUGGCUCAGUGCUAUUGGGCUGCCACAGUACCAGAUAAAGCUGGCAGAGAAUGGGUAUGACUCCAUCAGCAUAGUGCAGGAUAUCACAUGGGAGGAUCUGCAGGAAAUUGGCAUCACUAAGCUGGGCCAUCAGAAGAAGUUGAUGCUUGCUGUGAAAAAACUCAGUGAUGUACAGAAGGCUCGGAAGAGCCAGGCAGAGGGCCAGGCACUACUGCAGCGCAGGAGAGCUCCUCCUGCUCUGGAGCUGGUGGCCAUCGAGCACCACGAGACCUCCGACUGCCCCUCCUCUCCUCUGUCACCAAAGAUGCUCACCUUCCAGGACAGUGAGCUAAGCACCGAACUCCAAAACGCCAUGGCUCGGAGCGGGUACACUGGAGGCCAGGGUGUUCUUGGUAGCAUGAGCGGAGCAGCCAUACGUCUUAGUCAAGAGAGCAUUGGCACACGAUCAGGGGGGUCUGGCCGGUCACAGGAACGGCCAAUGGCAUCAGUCACCCCCCACAGCCAUUCACAAGAGAGCCUGGGGAGUAUGGACAGUAGUCCCAGCAAGGAGCAGUAUGCAGUUGUAGAGUCUAAGGAAAGAAGCCAAAAAUCACCUAUCAAAAUGGUGCAACAGCAUCAUCACUCUUCUUCUGGCAGUCCACGGACACCACCCAUAAUGACCAGUAAGAGAGCACACAUUGCAUACUCACCUGUUCUCACGCUACCCAGACCGGCGGCCUCUCCCACUCAGCCCCAUCACCACUCACCACAUGGAUCACCUGCUCAGAGAGGUUUCAGUUACUUGCAACAUCAAAACAGUAACUCCAGCAUGGGAAGCCCAGCUCCAAUCAGGGCUCAACAGCAAAAUAGGGAGGCAUCCCAUUCUAAAAAGCACAUCCAAAAUCUUUCAUGCUAUGCAUUGUUGGAUGGAGAGAAUGAAGAUGUCAUAUCGGCACCUACAACUUCAGCUAACCUGACUUCAUAUGCAACACUAACUUGCAAGACUGGUUGCAGCCAGCCAACUUACGGCCCAAUUGAGCGCCAGCUGGGCCGCAGUCAUUCCUUUGCUGUACGUGCCAAGAGGAAGGGUCCUCCUCCAACCCCUCCAAAGCGGCUAAGCUCUGCCCCAAGUGGAGUAAAUACAAGUGGGGUUGAAACAGAAAGUGCCGGAAGUGUAAAAAGCAUUGCAGCUAGACUGGAGAACAAUGCAGGAAGCCCAAGUAAGACAUGCAACAGCCCUUGUUUUAGAGCCAUUUUGCCAGCUGCCCCACCAAAAAACACGGGGAACCGCAGAAGAACCACCAGUGAAUCUUCAGUGUAUGCUGCAGAGCAAAGCAGAGGUAAACCUGUGGAGGAAAACAAGAGCCCUCUGAGGAAUCAGCUAUAUGCAUGUUCACCCUCACAAGAGAGCUCACAAGAGAGCAUACCUUUUGCUGAAGAGGGCAAAGUAACUAUUAAACAAAGGACCAAAAUAGCAAGCAGUAAGAUUGAGUCUGAGGCCAAUGUUGAAAUUCUCAAGCCAGCACAAUAUAUCAAAUCGGCCUUAGAGGUGCUGGAGUUUAACUUAAAGGAAUCAGACACUGUCAAGAGAAAACAUAAACCAAAAGAACUGCAGACCAAAUGUCUGGAUACAAGCAGACACUUAGGAAAUGAGAGGACCACAGAGACUGAGAUGGUUUCGCAAUGCAUGCAGAAUAGGGGAUUGACAAAAAAUCUCUAUAAACCGAAUCCCUCACCGAAACCAGGCUCUCCACAUAAACCUCCUACCCCUUCAAAGCCCACACGACAUUCUGCUGCUGCAGCCUCAGGUGUGACAGCCAAUGUCGUUCAGAGCGUGACCUUUGCUGUUUCACCGCAGUGCAGUCCUCUGGCUCGAUGUCCCCCAAACAAAGGCCUUCAAGGUCAGUGUGUGCUGGCAGGAAUGCCACAGGCUGUGACAGAAGGCCAGGACGUGCUGGUACAUAAACGACUAGAGCAAACCAGCACGUCUCUAGAGGCAGCACUUAAAGUAGUGGAGAGGAAGUUGGCUCAGGAGGAUCCAAGAGACAGCAUUAACACAGUGAAGUCAGCAGGAAACAUUCUUGACGAUAUAGGGAACAUGUUUGAUGAUCUUGCCGACCAGCUGGAAGCCAUGUUGGAUUGACCUGAUUCCUAAAACCUUUGCAUUUGGCCUUCACAUGGACACUUCUAGAUGUUUU